AUGAACUCACUAGACAAUAAUUCCAUUGGCAGUAACGGUGAAAAUCAACCAUCAAAUUUAUAUGACGAAGAUUCAAUGAAUGACACGAAUAGUAAUUAUUCUUAUCAUCAAACUCCUCAUCGCUCAUCAACUAUCCAUAGAUCAGAGUCAGAUAUACAAUUACAUGAUAUACCGAGCAGUCCCUUACUGUCUCAAACAAGUGUAUCGAAGUCAUACUCUAUGAAUCUAUCUUCAUCUCCGCCAAAUCUUAUAGACGAUAUUCAUCAGAUACAACGAAGACGUCAAAAUCAACUAUACAAACCAUUUUCUGCUAGUUCAUCUCCCAUGGAAGUUCGACAAUUUCAAAUGCUUUCUCAUUCAUCGUCUCCCUUGCGUAAUGAUAGAAUCAAUAUGCGAAAUAAGCAUAACAAGUUGAAACAGGUGCGUGAUCAAUAUAUGCAAGAUAAGAUAUUACUUCAAAGAGAUAAAUUUAAUGAAUUGCAAUUUCGUGACGAUCUUCAUCGUCAUUAUGAACAAGAAUUUGAGCAACUAACUAAGGGCCUUGAUUUGGAAACAUUGUUGCAGGAUGAAGAAGAGAUUACUGUGAAUACAACUAACUUGGAUGGUGCUGCACCUGCACCGAUUGAGGUGAGAAAUACCACUCCCGGUGCUAAUGAAAAUAAUAAUGAAGUCUAUGAAGCCUAUAUUGCAGAUUAUGAGAAUGACUUAGAAGAAUAUGAAAUUCAGCAAGAGUUGGAAAUUGCCGAUAUGUUAAGAGAGUUACACUUGACUUGA